AUGGAUAGCCCCUUUUUCGGAAGCCGCCGCUUCCAGUCUAAACUACCAUCUGACCAAAAGAUUCGACGCCAAGUUGCUCAGAUUCCAGUCCAAUCCGUUGGAUCGGAGUCCAAAACCUGGUCUGCUUUGAAGAUCCAGAAGAAAUUCAGGGGAUUUUUGGUGAGGAAGAGCGUCAAGAGGAUUAAAGCUAUCAAAAUCCAAGUGGAUGAAAUUGAGGGAAUGUUGUUGAAGAGUGAAGUUGUGGAGUUGGUCAGAAAGGAUGCAAGGGAGAGGAUGAGGAUGAACGAGGGUUUGAUGGCUCUGCUUCUUAAGUUGGAUUCGAUUCCUGGUGUUGAUUCGGGGGUUAGGGAUUGCAGGAAAGCUGUGAUUCGAAGGGCUAUAGCUUUGCAGGAAAGGAUUGAUGCUAUUGCUUCGGUUAAUUUGGUAAGCAGUGGUGAGAAUACUGACGAGGAUGAAGCGUUCAAGGAGCCUGUAACCCUAGAAAUUAUGAACUCUGCGGAAGACAAUAGCUCAGAUGGAAUGAUGGAUUUAGUGGAAAAUAAUUCAGUUAAAUUUGAAGAUUCAGAAAAAUUGGACUCUGCAGAAUUUAGAAAUAGUUCGGUUGAAGAGAGUUUGAUUGAGAAGAAUGAGCAAAAGAAUGAUGAUUGGGUAGAGGUGGAAUGCUCAGGGAAAGAAAAGGUUGGAUCAAGGAUUGUAACAAGGGAUGAAAAUAAGAGAAAUUGCGAGGUGUUGGAGCGUAUGAUGGAGGACAAUAAGAAAAUGAUGAGGUUGAUGACGCAGUUGUUCGAGAGGAACGAGAUGCAAACUUCAAUGCUGAGUGAUUUAACUCACCGGGUGGGGCAGCUGGAGAAGGCAUUCACGUGUGAUAGGCUCAGCAGGAUGAAGAAGAAGAAGAAACUUGCUGCUAGCAGAGCAGAAUAA